AUGGAGGAAGCAGACUCCACGAAUAGCUAUUCCCCCGAAGAAUCUCGCUGUGAAGCCAUCUUCUCGAAAACAGUUCAACGCAGAUCCGAUGGCCGCUAUUCCGUAGCACUUCCCAAGAACGAAAAUGCCAUUUCCAGGUUGGGAGAAUCUAAGGAGAUCGCAUUUCGGCGGUUUCUGAGCACCGAACGAAGGCUUAUCAAGGAUACUAAUCUUCAGAAGCAGUACAUAAGGUUUAUGGAGGAGUACCUGCAGUUAGGUCAUAUGCGAAAGGUUGAAGAGGAUCCAGAAGCCACUAAACGAUGUUUUCUCCCUCAUCAUCCGGUGGUCAAAGAGGCCAGCACCACCACUAAGGUCCGCGUGGUGUUCGACGCCUCCUGUAAGACUGCUUCGGGAUUGGCGUUGAAUGAGGUAUUGCUGGUAGGGCCAGUUAUUCAACAGUCUCUCCGAUCAAUCAUCCUUCGUAGUUGCAUGAAACAGAUUCUCUUGGUGGCGGACGUUGAGAAGAUGUUCCGGCAGAUACUUGUGCACCCUGAGGAUAGGCCAUUCCAAUCUAUUAUCUGGCGUCCGUCCUCUUUGGAGGAGGUAUGUGUGUACGAGCUGAACAGCGUAACCUACGGAACGAACCCGCCUCCGUUCUUGGCAACUCGUACACUGACUCAACUGGCCAAGGAUGAAGGAGAACGGUACCCGCUGGCGGCGCAGGCAAUUACAGAGGACACGUACAUGGACGACGUCAUCACCGGCUGCGAUAACUUGGAGGAUGCCAAGAAGAUACAGCAACAACUAGACGAGAUGACAAGAUCCGGUGGUUUUCAGCUUAGGAAAUGGGCGUCAAAUUGUGCUGAGGUCCUGAAGAGUAUCCCGGACGACAAUCGUGCAAUUCGUCUGGCGGAAGGCAUAAAUCUCGAUCCAGAUCCAUCGGUGAAGGCAUUGGGUCUGACUUGGUUACCCGGAAAGGACGUAUUCCGCUUUCAAUUCGACGUUCCACCGGUCGAGUCAGUUGAAACAUUGACAAAACGGAAGAUUUUAUCGAUCAUCGCUACUUUGUUUGACCCGUUAGGGUUCAUAGGCGCUACUACGACCGCUGCAAAGGUGUUUAUGCAGCUACUUUGGACGACCCUAGACGAAAGAGGUCAAAGGUUGGACUGGGACCAGCCAUUACCUCCGACGGUGGGUGAGUCCUGGAGGAAAUUUCACGUUCAACUGCCAAUUCUCAACGAAAUCCGGAUAGAGCGAUGCGUAAUCAUUCCCAACGUGGUGGAUGUGCAGAUCCACUAUUUCUCUGAUGCAUCGCAGAAGGCUUAUAGCGCAUGCCUAUAUAUCCACAGUCAAACUGUGGACGGAAACGUGAAGGUUCAGCUGUUAUCCUCGAAUUAUAAGGUUUCUCCUCUUAAACCUCACACAAUCCCUCGUAUAGAACUCAGCGGAGCGUUGAUCGCUGCUCAGCUUUUCGAGAAGGUGCGGCAAGCAACUAACCUCCAAGUUCGAACAACAUUUUGGGUAGAUUCUUCCUGUGCUCUACGGUGGAUUCAGGCUUCACCUUCUACAUGGUUUACAUUUGUCGCAAAGAGGGUUGCGAAAAUCCAGGCACUCACGAAAGGCUGCGUUUGGAGGCACGUAGCUGGUGUUGAAAACCCAGCAGAUUUAGUUUCGAGAGGUAUAGGACCAAAGGACAUCGUUAACAACGGUUUCUGGUGGCACGGACCGAGCUGGUUAGCUAAAGAGCGAAGCAAUUGGCCAAAUUCAAAUCCUGAUCUAAAAGAAGAAGGCGAGGAAGAAAGAAGACGUACUGCAGUUGUCGUUACAGCAUCAGCAGUGGCAGAUUUCAACGAAGGUUUCAUUUCCACAACGAAUUCCUACACUACGUUAAUUCGCCGCGUAGCUAUUUGGCAGCGGUUGAUACGAUCGCUUCAAACACCGGAGGAUCGUCCAAAUGGGUUCUUGCGAGCAGAUGAGCUACGGCAAGCAGAAUGUACUCUGAUACGGAAGGUUCAAGAAGAGGUAUUUCCGGACGAACUACUGGCGGUUCGGAAAAAGGAAUCAGUAGGAAGAAGGUCGCCACUACGAUGGUAUCACCCACAUGUAUGCGAAAAUGGUAUUCUCAGGGUCGGUGGGCGUUUAUGUCACUCGGACGAACAUUUCGAUACCAAACAUCCCAUGGUACUUCCGGCAAGACACCGUUUGACCAGGUUGAUUUUCGAGCAUUAUCAUCUCCGAUUGCUCCACGCCGGUCCGCAACUUCUUCUGGCAACGGUUCGGCAACGUUACUGGCCUCUUGGUGGAAGGAACGUUGCAAGGCAGGUGGUCCAUAAAUGCGUAACGUGUUUCAGGUCAAAACCAAGGCAAGUGCAGCAGUUCAUGGGAGAGUUGCCGUCAUCGAGAGUCACGGUUUCGCGUCCGUUUUCUAAGUCUGGAGUGGACUACUUUGGUCCGGUAUAUUUGCGACCAGUACCACGUAGGGCUGCUGUGAAGGCGUACGUAGCCAUUUUUGUAUGCAUGUGCACAAAGGCAGUACACAUGGAACUGGUUUCCGACUUGUCCACGGAGAGAUUCUUGCAAGCACUUCGACGUUUCACCGCACGGAGAGGAAAGGCUACUGAUUUAUAUUCGGACAACGGUACGAAUUUCGUUGGAGCCCGCAAUCAACUGAAGGAACUCUUUCGACUUUGGAAACAUCCCGAUCAUCGAAGAUUCGUGACCACGUUUUGUGCCAGCGAAGGGAUUAGCUGGCAUUUCAACCCUCCCGGUUCUCCACACUUUGGAGGAUUGUGGGAAGCGGCUGUACGGUCAGCGAAAUACCACAUUUUGCGGGUUAUUGGCUCCAAUCCAGUCUCUCACGAGGAGAUGUUAACGCUCCUUGUUCAAGUGGAGGCCUGUUUGAAUUCCAGGCCACUGACUACGAUGUCAGAUGACCCGGAUGAUCUUGAGCCUUUGACCCCGGCGCAUUUCUUAGUUGGCAGUUCCCUUCACUCGAUUCCUGAACCAGACUUACGGCCGCUACCCACGAACCGCCUCAGGCAAUACCAACUGACGCAGCAGCAACUUCAACAUUUUUGGGAUAGAUGGAAGAGAGAGUACCUCUGUCAGCUUCAAGGCAGGGCCAAACGUUGGUCACCGCCGGUACAAUUUGAAGUUGGUCAGCUUGUCGUUAUUCACGACAAAAAUCAGCCACCCAUGCGUUGGCGCAUGGGACGUAUUAAGCAAGUUCACCCCGGCGCUGAUGGUGUUGUGAGAGUCGUAACCCUUAAGACAUCGUCAGGAGAAUUGCGACGGGCAGUGGAAACACUUUGCCUACUGCCAACCUCUGAAACAGCUACCAGCGAAACUUAA